CCCUGUUUAAAAUCUUCUUUUCUUCUUCUCCAAUGUACCGCGCCUAUAAAUCCAUUGCGACAAUAGCUCAUCAUUCUCAACCAUUCACCAUACCCCGAUCUCAGUAAAAAGUAUUGUCUCUUCCUUUUUCAUCACGUGCUGCCUUUUUGGUCAAUUCCUGAGCAUUAGCUAUGGACACAAAGAUCGGAUCUCUCGACACGUGUAAGCCAGCCAGCAAUGAAGUGGGGAACGCUCCGUCAAAUGGCGCGAUCACCCUGCACAACUCCUCCGCCCACUUCAACUCCGCCGUGGCCACGCUCGGCCGCCAUCUCGCUCGCCGUCUCGUCGAAAUUGGGGUCAGCGACGUCUUCUCCGUCCCCGGCGACUUCAACCUCACGCUCCUCGACCAUCUCAUUGAUGAGCCCGGGCUCAACCUUGUCGGCUGCUGCAAUGAGCUCAACGCCGGAUACGCCGCUGACGGCUACGCUCGGUCCCGCGGCGUCGGUGCAUGCGCCGUCACUUUCACCGUCGGAGGGCUCAGCAUCCUCAACGCCAUUGCCGGCGCCUACAGUGAGAACCUCCCUGUCAUAUGCAUUGUUGGCGGCCCCAACUCGAACGACUACGGCACCAACCGGAUCCUGCACCACACUAUCGGGUUGCCCGAUUUCAGCCAGGAGCUCCGCUGCUUUCAAGCCGUCACUUGCUAUCAGGCUGUGGUGAACAAUUUGGAGGAUGCUCACGAGCAGAUCGAUACUGCCAUUUCUACGGCAUUGAAGGAGAGCAAACCUGUUUACAUAAGCGUGAGCUGUAACCUUUCUGCGAUUCCACAUCCCACCUUCAGCCGUGAACCGGUUCCAUUUUCUAUAUCUCCUAGAUUGAGUAAUCAGAUGGGAUUAGAAGCAGCGGUGGAAGCAGCAGCUGAGUUCCUGAACAAGGCAGUGAAGCCAGUUAUGGUGGGAGGGCCGAAAUUGCGUGUGGCGAAAGCCUGCAAAUCCUUCGUGCAGUUGGCAGAUGCUUGUGGCUAUCCCUUAGCUGUUAUGCCUUCGGCCAAGGGUUUGGUUCCCGAACACCAUCCGCAUUUCAUCGGAACUUAUUGGGGUGCCGUUAGCACCACCUUCUGUGCAGAGAUUGUUGAAUCCGCGGAUGCAUACUUGUUCGCUGGACCAAUAUUCAACGACUACUCCUCCGUUGGCUAUUCUCUGCUCCUCAAGAAAGAGAAGGCGAUCAUAGUUGAGCCGGAUCGGGUCACGAUUGGAAAUGGACCUGCAUUUGGUUGGGUAUUCAUGAAAGAUUUCCUAUGCGCUCUUGGGAAGAGACUCAAGCAUAACAAGACUGCUUACGAGAAUUACAGUAGGAUUUUUGUUCCUGAAGGGAAUCCUAUCAUGUGCGCUCCAAAAGAGCCGUUAAGGGUGAAUGUUCUCUUUCACCACAUUCAAAAGAUGUUGUCUGGUGAAACGGCUGUUAUUGCUGAAACAGGGGACUCGUGGUUCAAUUGCCAGAAGCUGAAAUUGCCUGAAGGAUGCGGGUAUGAGUUCCAAAUGCAGUAUGGGUCUAUUGGUUGGUCUGUUGGUUCAACUCUGGGGUAUGCUCAAGCUACCCCUGAGAAGCGGGUGAUUGCUUGCAUUGGCGAUGGCAGCUUUCAGGUGACUGCUCAGGAUGUGUCCACAAUGCUGAGGUGUGGACAGAAGAGCAUAAUAUUCCUGAUCAACAAUGGUGGCUACACCAUUGAAGUUGAAAUCCAUGACGGACCAUACAAUGUGAUCAAGAACUGGAACUACACAGCCCUGGUUGAUGCGAUCCACAACGGCGAGGGCAAGUGCUGGACUACCAAGGUUCGUUUCGAAGAUGAGUUGGUUGAAGCAAUCAAGACGGCGACUGAAGAAAAGAAAGACAGCCUUUGUUUCAUUGAAGUGAUCGCUCACAAGGAUGACACUAGCAAAGAGUUGCUGGAAUGGGGUUCCAGAGUCUCUGCAGCUAACAGCAGGCCACCAAACCCUCAGUAAAUCCACAGGAACUUAUAUUGGAGAUGGCAUUCUAUUUUACUUCAGAGAUAUUGAAUUAUGCAGCCAUGCAGCUUAUAAGCUGUUAUCUUUGCCCGUUCUUUUGUAUUCUAUUUAAUCGCGUCCUCCCUCAGUAUGAGUAUGCUAUCCAGUUUAGUUAUUCUCUUAUUAAAGAGUGGUACUCUUUCUUGAAAAUGUAUUUAUGGGCUUUUCUUGUUUAUAAUUAAUUACUCCGUCAUACUUUUGUUUCUCUUACCGGGAAGCUACUCUUUCUUGAAUGGAUCCCUUAAUUUC